CGUCACGGUACGGAAGCCGCUCAGAUCCACACCGCGCGAUUAACGCGUCCGCCAUGCCUCAGGCGCCGCCGGUGAAAGAAGAAUAACAGCAAACACGCCGAUUAAAUCCCACAAGAGUCACGCAGAAACCCGCGGCGAGCCAUCCGUUACCGCGAACCGACGGCUAUCAGCGCUUGUGCAGCGGCAGAGAGAGCUACACCGAGACACACACACACAGAGAGAGAGAGAGAAACAGUGACUGAAGCUCAGGAUGGAGUGGCAGCCGGAUGAACAGGGUUUACAGCAGGUGCUGCAGCUGCUGAAGGACUCUCAGUCUCCAGAUACGGCCACACAGAGAGCCGUUCAAGAGAAACUGGAGCAGCUGAAUCAGUAUCCUGACUUCAACAACUAUCUCAUCUUCGUCCUCACCAGCCUCAAAUCUGAAGACGAGCCCACACGUUCUCUGAGCGGUCUGAUUCUCAAGAACAACGUGAAGGCUCACUACCAGAACUUCCCUCCGGCCGUGGCCGACUUCAUCAAGAGAGAGUGUCUCAACAACAUCGGAGACCCGUCGCCGCUCAUCCGCGCCACCAUCGGUAUUCUCAUCACUACUAUCGCGUCUAAAGGGGAGCUGCAGACAUGGCCUGAACUGCUGCCUCAACUCUGCAACCUCCUCAACUCGGAGGAUUACAACACCUGCGAGGGUUCUUUUGGUGCGCUGCAGAAGAUCUGCGAAGACUCGUCUGAACUGCUGGACAGUGACGCUCUGAAUCGACCCCUCAACAUCAUGAUCCCCAAAUUCCUGCAGUUCUUCAAACACUGCAGCCCCAAGAUCAGGUCUCAUGCCAUAGCGUGUGUGAAUCAGUUCAUUAUUGGCAGGGCUCAGGCUCUCAUGGACAACAUCGACACAUUCAUAGAGUCUCUGUUUGCGUUGGCGGGUGAUGAAGACUGCGAGGUGAGGAAGAACGUGUGCAGAGCUCUGGUCAUGCUGUUGGAGGUCCGGAUCGACCGCCUGAUACCGCACAUGCACAGCAUCAUACAGUACAUGCUGCAGCGCACGCAGGACGCGGAUGAGAACGUGGCACUGGAGGCGUGUGAAUUCUGGCUGACUCUGGCGGAGCAGCCCAUCUGUAAAGAGGCUCUGUCAGGACACCUGGUCCAACUCAUCCCCAUCCUGGUCAAUGGAAUGAAGUAUUCUGAGAUUGACAUCAUUUUACUGAAGGGUGACGUGGAGGAGGACGACAACGUUCCUGACAGCGAGCAGGACAUCAAGCCUCGCUUCCACAAGUCACGUACCGUCACGCUGCAGCACGAGGGAGGAGAAGGGGAGGAAGGAGAGGACAUUGACGAAGACGAGGAUGACGACGACGACACGCUGUCUGACUGGAACCUACGGAAGUGCUCUGCGGCGGCGCUGGACGUGUUGGCUAACGUCUUUCGGGACGAGCUGUUGCCGCACCUGCUGCCGCUGCUGAAGGGUUUGCUGUUCCACCCGGACUGGGUCAUCAAAGAGUCUGGGAUACUGGUGCUGGGAGCCAUCGCUGAAGGCUGUAUGCAGGGUAUGGUCCCGUACCUGCCCGAGCUCAUCCCGCACCUGAUCCAGUGUCUGUGUGAUAAGAAGGCUCUGGUUCGCUCCAUCGCCUGCUGGACACUCAGCCGCUACGCACACUGGGUGGUGAGCCAGCCGCCGGACGCACACCUCAAACCGCUCAUGACAGAACUGCUCAAACGCAUCCUGGACGGCAACAAGAGGGUGCAGGAGGCCGCCUGCAGUGCAUUCGCGACUCUGGAGGAGGAAGCAUGUACGGAGCUGGUUCCGUACCUCAGUUUCAUUUUGGACACUCUGGUGUUUGCGUUUGGAAAAUAUCAGCACAAGAACCUGCUCAUCCUCUAUGACGCCAUCGGCACCCUGGCAGACUCCGUCGGACAUCAUCUGAACCAACCGGAAUACAUCCAGAAACUGAUGCCUCCUCUGAUCCAGAAGUGGAAUGAACUGAAAGACGAGGAUAAAGACCUGUUUCCUCUGCUGGAGUGUUUGUCGUCUGUGGCUACGGCGUUACAGAGCGGUUUCCUGCCGUACUGUGAGCCCGUCUAUCAGCGCUGUGUUACUCUGGUGCAGAAAACACUCGCACAAGCCAUGAUGUACAGCCAGCAGCCGGAUCAGUAUGAGGCUCCAGAUAAAGACUUCAUGAUAGUCGCUCUGGAUCUGCUCAGCGGUCUGGCCGAAGGUCUCGGGGGUCAUGUGGACCAGCUGGUUGCCCGUAGCAACAUCAUGACCCUUCUGUUCCAGUGUAUGCAGGACACUAUGCCUGAGGUGAGACAGAGCUCGUUUGCUCUGCUGGGUGAUCUGACCAAGGCCUGUUUUCCACACGUCAAGCCCUGCAUCGCCGAGUUCAUGCCGAUCCUGGGGACCAAUCUGAACCCUGAGUUCAUCUCGGUGUGUAACAACGCAACCUGGGCCAUCGGAGAGAUCUGCAUGCAGAUGGGUGUGGAGAUGCAGCCGUAUGUGGCUUUGGUUCUUCCUCAUCUGGUGGAGAUCAUUAACAGACCCAACACUCCCAAAACCCUGCUGGAGAACACGGCCAUCACGAUUGGUCGCCUGGGUUACGUCUGUCCACAGGAAGUGGCUCCCAUGUUGCAACAGUUCAUCAGACCCUGGUGCACAUCGUUACGAAACAUCAGAGAUAAUGAGGAAAAGGACUCUGCCUUCAGAGGCAUCUGUGUGAUGAUUGGUGUGAAUCCUGGCGGUGUGGUCCAGGAUUUCAUCUUCUUCUGUGAUGCGGUGGCCUCCUGGGUCAGCCCUAAAGAUGACCUGCGGGACAUGUUCUACAAGAUCCUACAUGGUUUUAAGGACCAGGUCGGAGAGGAGAACUGGCAGCAGUUCUCAGAGCAGUUCCCGCCCAUCCUGAAGGAACGCCUCUCUGCAUGCUAUGGCGUGUAGCCCCGCCCCUCUGCUUCACACACAGCACAUGCUGUCAGGUUAGUGAUGACUAUCAAUGUCUUGUGAUGGUAUAAUGUGCUGGGACAGAGAAUCACUGUCCUAGGUGUUUCUACUCAACUGCAGUAUAUGACAGAUAAUUUGAGCUCAGCUGCCUGCACUUCUCUUGACAGUCAUACAUC